UUCAAAUCGGGAAUUCAUGUUUUGGCGCCUGUCAAAUUUCUGGGUAUUAGCAGAGAGAAGAAAGUUCUAUCAUUUUUCCUGAAUUGAUGAUUGGGACUAUACUACAAUGAAAUAGAAUCAACAAAUUUUCGAGAACGGAUUCUUCUGAUGACCGUAUCUGAGACCAUUUAUUCUGACAUGGCCCUCGAAGCUGCAAGAAAACUUUUCGCUUUUUCUAGUUUAAGCGGUGAAAAGCAAAUGAAAGACAAAUCAAAAGAAAGCAACAAGUCAAAUGGAGAAACUAGUCUAAAAAUGGAAAUCAUUCCUUCAAGUACAGACGAUGCGAAAGCCACAGAAACUAAAGUUACUGCUAAUGAUUUUGGAAGUCAACUGAUGACUAGGAGAAUUACUAUAGCAGGUGGAUUCCUGGAUAUUGCAUUAUUCACAGCAAAUUGUGAGCAACUGAAAUUUGUUCUAGAAUUGGGAAAUUUUCACAUAUACUACCAGCAAGUCUUAGGCCUUAUUAUCACAUCGCUUAUUCUUCAACUACUUGUUGGGUUCACAAUGUUCCUGCUUGGAUGUAAAGUUCUCAAAAAAACUAGCGAUGAAACUUAUAAUAACUUUUUAAAUCACUCCACAAUGGUUCUUGUUACUCUCAUUACAGUAGUGAACAUAUUUAUAAGCACGUUUGGGCCUAAAGGAACCAUUAUGGCAAGAUGCCUUGGAGCAUUUGCAUAUCCGAAUUCGGACGGGCCAAUGUGGAAUGCUUUUCUGAAUUUCACGAGGGACAACAUGGAAAAUUCUAACAUCAGAUAAAGAAGUUGAAAGCAAAAACUAAAGUUACAUGUAGUUCUAGCAAAUUAAACUUGUGCUUACUCAGUUGUUUAUCGUUGUCAAGACCGUGGAAAAAGAAAACCCUGCAAAAACCUUUCAGCAUCUUUAUUCAGUAUGUAUUGUACAUAUAAAUAUGUAUACAGGGGCAGAUCAAGCAGC